AUGUCCGCAUGUAUGGCCAGCUCAUGGCCAGCUCGAUUUUUAACACUUUGUUCGUCAGGCAACGGGGUUAGGGAUAUACAUGGGAUGAAACUUACAAAGCGCCUCGAUGACAUUAUCCAGGAGUCUUCAGCACUCAAGUCACAUCCUUUGAAACUUACAAAGCGCCUCGAUGACAUUAUCCAGGAGUCUUCAGCACUCAAGUCACAUCUCGUUCAGCAACUCAAAAAUCUCAGCAACGCAGUUCCCGAGCUAGUCAACUUUGAUAUCUCUCUCGCCCAACAAGUAAUUCCACACCUUAGCGACGCCCGUAGUGCCAAGGCUCCGUUUCAGCUUGCAACAGUGUUGUCGUACGCCAGGCAGACUGCAACGUCCACUGUCGCCAAGGACAUGAAACCUGGGACCUCCUGCUUCGAGGCGGUUGGUGAAGCUAUUGCCCAGUUAUCAGCGGAGUGCAACAAGUUACUCCCUUUGGCAAUGGAACCUGAGAACGUGUUCAAGAGUAGGCUUCUUUUAGCUUUGAUAUUCGUCAAAUAUCAUGCUAACGAUGGCCAAGUCUCUGGCACACCACCGUGGGUCCUACGAAUUGAGGAGAUCAGAGCCAGAAUGACUACCAAUGUCGAAGCCGAGCAGAAAGCCGCACAGCUGCAGGAGGAAAUACAAGGACUUUCACGGAGUCUCAAGACGAAAGACCAAGUGAUACAGAAGUCAGAGGUGAAGAUCGAGCACAUGGAACGGCGCAUGGAAGCAGUCAAGGAGCAAGUGGAUACCAUUGGAGAUCUUGACAUCGAGCUCUCGAAAGCGCGCAAGCAGGAACAUGCAUACAAAGAGGCAAUGGAACAACUUUAG